CCAUAAUGAAAAAGGAAUCCAACAUGCAGAUUCAAUUUGAUCUCACAGUUGAAGGGAGAACAACUAUAGAUGCUGGAUCUUCAGGGAGCUGAACAGAGAAAUGCCUAAAAAUGCCUGUCUAGAUAGGGAGAUUUGAACUGAACCAAAGCAUCAACGUCAAUCAGGUGGUUUCUGAAGAACUAGAGUUUUCAGGGUCAGCAAUGGAAAGUCUCAGAGAGAAUACUGCCCAAGGUCCUACAAAUGAAGAAACCUAUAAAAGUGAGGGACAGUUUACAAGGCAGACAAAAUGGCCUGCACAGAAGAAAUCACCUUUUGAGAAAACAGCAGUCAGAAAAGUGUCAGUGACAUUCAAAGAAAUUUUCACUGGGGAGGGAAGUCCUGAAUCCAGUGAGUUUAGUCUAAGUUCAAACCUUGAAGCACAACAGAAAAUUCCAAAGGGAGAUAGAUCUCCCAUAUCUAGAAGAAACUCUAAAGAUAUUACAGACUUAAUGGCACACCAAAAAUUCAUUCAACAAAAGAAACUUCGUAAAUCCAAUGAAUGUGGGAAAGCUUUUAGUUACCAGUCAGACCUCCUUGUACACAGUAGAAUUCAUGAUAGAGAAAAGCCUUUUGAAUGCAAUGAAUGUGGGAAAGCUUUCAGCCGAAGUACACACCUUACUGAACAUCGAAGAACUCACACUGGAGAGAAACCUUAUGAAUGCAGUGAAUGUGGAAAAGCUUUUAGCCGGAGUACACAUCUUAGUCUACAUCAAAGGAUCCAUACUGGAGAAAAACCAUAUGAAUGUAGUGAUUGUGGAAAAGCCUUCAGCCGAAGCACUAACCUUAGUCAACAUCAGCGAACUCAUACUCAAGAAAAGCCUUACAAAUGUAACGAAUGUGGGACAGCCUUCAAUGACCGUUCAACCAUAAUUCAGCAUCAGCGAAUACACACUGGAGAGAAUCCCUAUGCUUGCAGCGAAUGUGGAAAAGCUUUCAGCUGGAUCGCCUCUCUUAUUGAACACCAGAGAACACACACUGGGGAGAGUCCCUAUGAGUGCAGUGACUGUGGGAAAGUGUUCAGUCGAAGUUCAUCCCUUACUGAGCAUCAGAGAAUCCACACUGGAGAAAAGCCCUAUGAGUGUAGAGAGUGUGGAAAGGGCUUCAGUCGGAGUUCAUCACUUAUUAUUCACCAGAGAACUCACACUGGAGAAAAGCCUUACAAAUGUAAUAACUGUGGGAAAGGCUUCAGUCAGAGUUCAUCUCUUAUCAGACAUCAGCAACUUCAUACUAAAGAGUAACGUCCAAGCUUUUAUUAAUGUUAGCACAUAUACAUAACCUCCUACAGCCAAACACAAACACACACAUAGAUACUUGUAUGAAUUUUUCUUCCCUAUUAGCUAGCUAUAUGUUAUAAGCUUGCCUUCCUGUCUUCCUUCCUUUUCCCUUCUUUC